AUGUCGUCGGCCCGCAUCUUGGACGGCACGGCCAUUGCCCGGGGGAUCCGCGAAAAGAUUGGCGCAGACAUUGCGCGGAAACAGCAAGCCAACCCUCGCUACAAGCCAUGCCUCAAGAUUAUCCAAGUCGGCAACCGCUCUGAUUCUUCCACCUAUGUGCGCAUGAAGCUCAAGGCCGCCGCAGAGGCCGGUGUUUCUUGCCAUCUCAUCCAGUGCCCCGUCGACAUCACCGAGGUCGAGCUGCUCGACCAGAUCCGUCGCCUGAAUCACGACCCCGCCGUCAACGGAAUCCUGGUCCAGCUUCCUCUCCCCGCCGGCAUUUCCGAGUACAACAUCACCUCCGCCGUAGCCGACGAGAAAGAUGUCGACGGCUUCGGCACCAACAACAUUGGCGAGCUGGCUAAGCGUGGCGGUGCUCCCAUCUUCACCCCCUGCACCCCAAAGGGCGUCAUGUUCAUGCUCGGCGAGGCCGGCAUUGACGUUGCCGGAAAGACGGCCGUUGUUCUCGGCCGCAGCAACAUUGUCGGCGGCCCGGUCAGCUACCUUUUGCGGCACGCGGAUGCGACCGUCAUCGUCUGCCACUCCAAGACGCAAAAUCUCGAGACCUACUUGAAGCAUGCCGACGUCGUCGUUGCCGCCAUCGGGCAGGCACGGUUUGUCAAGGCCGAGUGGUUGAAGCAAGGCGCCGUCGUCAUCGACGUCGGCACCAACUUCAUCCCCGACGCCUCCAAGAAGAGCGGCCAGCGCAUGGUUGGCGACGUGGACUUUGAAGCCGCAUCCAAGGUCGCCUCGGCCAUUACUCCGGUCCCGGGCGGCGUCGGGCCCAUGACGGUCGCCAUGCUGUUGCAGAACGUCGUCGAGGCCACCGACCUCUUCUUCGAAAAGGAAAAGCUGCGCAAGACCAUCCCCCUCCCGCUCAGGCUCAAGACCCCCGUGCCUUCGGACAUUGCCAUCUCUCGAGACCAAACCCCCAAGCAAAUCACCCGCAUCGCCGCCGAGGUGGGCAUUGCCCCCCACGAGCUCGAGCCGUACGGGGCGUACAAGGCAAAGGUGGACCUCGACCUGCUCAAGCGCCUGCAGCACCGGAGGAACGGUCGCUACGUCGUCGUCACCGGCAUCACGCCCACGCCUCUCGGCGAAGGCAAGUCCACCACCACCAUGGGACUUGCCCAGGCCUUGGGAGCCCAUCUCGGACGCCUGACGUUUGCCAACGUCCGGCAACCCAGCCAAGGCCCUACUUUUGGCAUCAAGGGAGGCGCCGCGGGUGGCGGCUACAGCCAGGUCAUCCCCAUGGACGAGUUCAACCUGCACCUGACGGGCGACAUCCACGCCAUCACCGCCGCCAACAACCUGCUGGCGGCCGCUCUGGAAACCAGAAUGUUCCACGAAAACACGCAAAAGGACGGGCCCCUGUACAGGCGGCUUGUCCCGGUCAAGAACGGGGUCCGGCAGUUUGCCCCCGUCAUGUUCCGCCGUCUGAAGAGGCUGGGCAUCGACAAGACGAACCCCGACGACCUCACCGAGGACGAGAUUCGGCGGUUCGCCCGUCUCGACGUCGAUCCCGAGACCAUUACCUGGAAACGAGUCCUCGACGUCAACGACCGCCACCUCCGAGGCAUCGUCGUCGGAAACGCCGCCACGGAGAAGGGCCAGUCUCGGGAGACUGGCUUCGACAUUUCCGUCGCCAGCGAAUGCAUGGCCAUCUUGGCCCUGAGCACGAGCUUGGCCGACAUGCGGGAGCGCCUGGGUCGCAUGGUGGUUGCGACGUCUCGCAGCGGCGACCCCGUCACCUGCGACGACAUCGGGGCCGGCGGCGCCCUGACGGCGCUGAUGAAGGACGCCAUCAAGCCCAACCUCAUGCAGACGCUGGAGGGAACCCCGGUGUUUGUGCACGCCGGCCCGUUCGCCAACAUUAGCAUCGGGCAGAGCUCCAUCAUCGCCGACAAGCUCGCGCUGAAGCUGGCCGGCACCGAGCCCGGGGAGAAGCACGACGACUCGGCCGGCUUCGUCGUCACCGAGGCAGGCUUCGACUUCACCAUGGGCGGCGAGCGCUUCUUCAACAUCAAGUGCCGCACUUCGGGCCUCGUCCCCGACGUCGUCGUCGUCGUCGCCACGGUCCGCGCCCUCAAGGUCCACGGCGGCGGCCCGCCCAUUGCCCCCGGCGCGCCCCUCGACCCCGUCGUCUACAAGGAGGAGAACGUGGACGUGCUGCGCGCGGGCUGCGUCAAUCUCAAGAAGCACAUUAGCAACGCCAGGUCGUUUGGCGUCCCCGUCGUGGUAGCCAUCAACAAGUUCGCCACGGACACCGAGGCCGAGAUUGCCGUCGUGCGGGACGAGGCCUUGUCUGCGGGGGCCGAGGAUGCCAUCCUGGCCGACCACUGGGCCCAGGGCGGCAAGGGAGCUGUCGAGCUGGCCAAGGGCGUCGUUGCCGCCGCCGCCGCCGACAAGCCCAAGGACCUGAAGCUCACGUACGACCUGAGCGGCACCAUCCAGCAGCGCAUCGAGGCCAUCGGGCAGAAGAUGUACGGCGCCGCCAAGGUUGAGCUCAGCGAGCUGGCGCAGAAAAAGGUCGACACCUACACCCGACAGGGCUACGGGAACCUGCCCGUCUGCAUAGCAAAGACGCAGUACUCGCUGUCGCACGACCCGGACCUGAAAGGCGCUCCGACCGGCUUCACCGUGCCCAUCCGCGACGUGCGCAUGGCCGCCGGCGCCGGAUACCUAUACGCUCUGGCUGCGGACAUUCAGACCAUUCCGGGCCUGCCCACGGCUCCCGGAUACCUGAACGUCGAUGUGGACACGGAGACGGGCGAGGUCGACGGCCUUUUCUGA